AUGUUGGAAAGUAACGCUUGUGUAGAUUGUAUGGUCGUUCCUAACUUCGGAGAUACCUGCAUUGAUAGAGACAUCGAGAAGGGAAAGUUGAUCCUAGCUGACGGAACUGUCUUUGAAGGAUUUUCUUUCGGAGAGAAUGUCUCUCGUUCUGGAGAGGUGGUGUUCAAUACGGGAAUGGUUGGGUAUCCUGAGUCUCUCACAGAUCCUUCUUAUCGAGGUCAGAUAUUGGUGUUCACCUUCCCGAUGAUGGGUAAUUACGGAAUCCCUGGAGACGAGUUGGAUGAAUGGGGCUUGCCGAAGUACUUCGAGUCGAAUGAAAUCCAUGUGGCUGGUGUGAUCGUUGCGGACUACUCGUGGGAGUACAGCCACUGGGCUGCUCGGAAGUCCCUCAGUGAUUGGCUUAAGGAGCAUCACAUUCCCGCUCUCUAUGGAAUCGAUACUCGAAUGCUGACAAAGAAGAUUCGCGAGCACGGCGUUCUUCUGGGCAAGAUCGAGUUUGCAGGCCAGCACGUGGAGAUCGAGGAUCCGAACGAGCGAAAUCUGGUGGCUGAGGUGUCGAUCAAAGAGCCCCGCGUGUUCAACAAGGGUUUGUCGCCUCGCGUGGUGGCGGUGGACUGUGGUAUCAAGAACAACAUCAUCCGCUGCCUCUGUGAGCGCAAGGUGCAAGUGACGGUGGUUCCGUUCGACUACGAUUUGGAGGCUCAUCGCGACGAGUACGACGGCAUUUUCCUGAGCAAUGGUCCCGGCAACCCGGAAAUGGCGCAGGCCACGAUCGAUCAUCUGAAGUGGGCGAUCACGACGGACAUUCCCAUCUUCGGAAUCUGCCUCGGCAACCAGCUCUUGGCGCUGGCUGCUGGCGCGCGCACCUACAAGAUGAAGUUCGGCAACCGCGCGGCGAACGUGCCUUGCGUGGAUCUGACGACGGGCCAGUGCUUCAUCACGUCGCAGAACCACGGAUUCGCGGUGGACGAGAAGACGCUGCCUCCGGACUGGCAGCCGCUGUUCUUCAACGCGAACGAUUACUCCAACGAGGGCAUCAUCCAUCGCACGAAGAAGAUCUUCUCCUCCCAGUUCCAUCCGGAAGCGUGCGCCGGACCUCUGGACACGCGCUUCCUCUUCGACCGCUUCAUCGCCAACAUCAAGGGCGCGGAGCAGCCGCUGAACACGCCGCUGAACACGAACUUCUUCCGUCUGCAGAAGUUCCGGAAGGUUCUGAUCCUGGGCUCGGGAGGUCUGAGCAUCGGACAGGCCGGCGAGUUCGACUACAGCGGCUCGCAGGCGAUCAAGGCGAUGCGCGAGGAGGGUCUGGAAGUGGUGCUGAUGAACCCGAACAUCGCGACGGUGCAGACCUCGAAGAACCUGGCGGACAAGGUGUACUUCCUGCCGGUGACGCCGUCGUUUGUGAUCCGCGUGAUCGAGAAGGAGAAGCCCGACUGCAUGCUGGUGUCGAUGGGCGGCCAGACGGCUCUGAACGUGGGCAUCAAGCUGUUCGAGUCCGGCGAGCUGGCUCGGCACAACGUGCACGUCCUGGGCACGCCGAUCCAGACGGUGAUCGACACGGAGGACCGCGAGCUGUUCAAGGAGCGUCUGGACGAGAUCAACGAGAAGCUGGCGCUGUCGUACCCCGCGACCUCGGUGGAGGAAGCGAUCGAGGUGGCCGAGAAGAUCGGGUACCCGGUGCUGGUGCGAAGCGCGUUCGCACUGGGCGGAUUGGGCUCCGGGUUCGCGGAGAAUCGGGAAGAGCUGGUGGAGCUGGUGUCGCGGUCGUUCACGUGCUCGGAUCAGCUGCUGAUCGACAAGGAUCUGCGUGGGUGGAAGGAAAUCGAGUACGAAGUGGUGCGCGACUCGUACGACAACUGCGUGACGGUGUGCAACAUGGAGAACUUCGACCCGCUGGGCAUCCACACGGGCGACUCCAUCGUGGUGGCUCCUUCCCAGACGCUCACAAACCGCGAGUACAUGCUGCUGCGUGACACGGCCAUCAAGGUGGUGCGCCACUUGGGCGUGAUCGGAGAGUGCAACAUCCAGUACGCGUUGAACCCGGACAGCGAGGAGUACUGCAUCAUCGAGGUGAACGCGCGUCUGUCCCGCUCCUCCGCGCUGGCCUCGAAGGCGACGGGCUACCCGCUGGCCUACGUGGCCGCGAAGCUCGCGCUGGGCAACAAUCUGAUCCAGAUCAGCAACCGCGUAACGAGCACGACGACCGCCUGCUUCGAGCCCUCGCUGGACUACUGCGUGGUGAAGGUGCCGCGUUGGGACCUGAAGAAGUUCCACCGCGUGUCGCCGCUGCUGGGCUCGUGCAUGAAGUCCGUGGGCGAAGUGAUGUCGAUCGGGCGUCGCUUCGAAGAGGCCUUGCAGAAGGCGGUCCGCAUGGUGAACCCGCUGGUGCAGGGCUUCGAUCUGCCCUCCGUGGAGUGGAGCGAGGAGGAGCUGGUGCGUCUGCUGCUGCACCCCGAUGACCGUCGAAUCCACGCCCUGGCGCUGGCGCUCGAGCGGAACUACUCGAUCGACCGCAUCCACAGCAUCACGAAGAUCGAUAACUGGUUCCUCGCGAAGCUGAACAACAUCCACCUGGCUCGCAAGUGGCUGGCGGGUCGCCGGUUGGAGGAGCUGACGGUGGAGCGCAUGAAGGUCGUGAAGUGUCUGGGCUUCAGCGACCUGCAGCUGGCGGCGCUGCUCUCGUUCCCGGACGCCUUGGUGCGGGAGGCGCGCAAGGCGCUGAAGGUGCUGCCGGUGGUGAAGCAGGUGGACACGCUGGCGGCCGAGUUCCCCGCGACGACGAACUACCUGUACAUGACGUACAGCGGCGUGGAGCACGACAUCACGUUCCACGACCACGGCGUGAUCGUGCUGGGCUGCGGUCCGUACGCGAUCGGGUCGUCGGUGGAGUUUGAUUGGGCGGCGGUGAGCUGCAUCCGCGCGCUGAAGGAGGCGCAGAAGAAGACGAUCGUGGUGAACUUCAACCCCGAGACGGUGUCUACGGACUACGACGAGAGCGAUCGCCUGUACUUCGAGGAGCUGUCUCUGGAGCGCAUCCUGGACAUCUACGAGGCGGAGCAGUCGGAGGGAGUGAUCAUCUCGGUGGGAGGCCAGAUCCCGAACAACCUCUCGCUGCCGCUGGCGGAGAACAAGGUGCGCAUCUUCGGCACGUCGCCGUCGAUGAUCGAGUGCGCGGAGGACCGCAGCAAGUUCAGCGACCUGCUGGACCGUCUGCACAUCGACCAGCCCGAGUGGGUGGCGGUGACGUCCGAGUCGAAGGCGUUCGAGUUCGCGGAGAAGGUGAGCUACCCGGUGCUGGUGCGUCCGUCGUUCGUGCUGAGCGGCGCGGCGAUGAGCGUGUGCAUGAACGAGAACCACCUGAAGGCGUGUCUGGGCCGCGCGGCGAACAUCAGCAGCGACUACCCGGUGGUGGUGUCGAAGUUCAUUCUGGGAGCGAAGGAGAUCGAGUUCGACGCGGUGGCGGACCACGGAGAGAUCAUCAACUACGCGAUCUCGGAGCACAUCGAGAACGCGGGCGUGCACUCGGGCGACGCGACGUUGCUCCUCCCCUCGAUGAAGCUGUACACGGAGACGGAGCGCCGCAUCCGAGCGAUCGCGCGCGCGAUCGCCAAGUCGCUGAACAUCACGGGCCCGUUCAACAUCCAGCUGCUGGCGAAGAACAACGACGUGAAGGUGAUCGAGUGCAACCUGCGCGCCUCGCGCACGUUCCCGUUCAUCAGCAAGACCUUCGACUUCAACUUCAUCGAGCUGGCGACGCGCGUGAUGGUCGGUUUGCCGUACAAGCGCGGAAACAUCGUGCUUCGCGAUCUCAACUACGUGGGCUGCAAGGCUCCGAUGUUCUCGUUCACGCGUCUGAGCGGCGCGGACCCGACCACGGGCGUGGAAAUGGCGUCCACCGGCGAAGUGGCCUGCUACGGAGAGAGCGUGAGCGAGGCCUUCUUGAAGUCGCUGCUGUCCACGAACUUCCACUUCAAGUUCUUCGACAAGAACGACACGAGCGCGCGCAACUUCCUCAUCAGCAUCCCCGAGAACGAUUUCAACCAGUUCACGGAGGGUCUGGAGAUCCUGCAGGGAAUGAACGUUCACUUCUACGCCACGAAGGGAACCUUCCAGCGCCUCGCCGCCUUCGGAAUCCCCGCCGAGCGCCUCCAUCGCGUGUACAAGUCGAGCGAGAACGUGAAGGAGAACCUGGCUCUGGACUACAUUCGCCACCAGUCAAUUCAUCUGGCCAUCGUCGUGCCCAGCAACAACACCGACCAGGCCAUCACCGAGGGAUACAAGAUUCGUCGCAUGGCGGUGGACUUCAAUAUCCCACUCAUCGUCAAUAUCAAGUGCGCGGUGGAGUUCGUGCGUGCGUUUGAGAAGUACACGCUCCAAGGAGACGAUUUCCUCAAGAUUAAGUGUAUACAGGAGUAUUAUGACGGAAACAAGUAAUCGUAGUAGUAGUAGCAGUAGUAGACUAAAAGCUGUUCUUUU